AACCAGGAGAUCUGCGCCCGCAAGGUUCGGGAGCUGGCCCAGUCCGGAGUAAACAAACACUGCUUCGAGUGCAACCAGCCCGGGGUGACGUACACCGACAUCACGGUGGGCAGCUUCGUCUGCACGUCGUGCUCCGGAAUGCUGUGAGUGCUCGGCUUUGUCUACGGCGCGUUUAGCAUCAGCCCCGACGCGCAGUGAGUACAAAGUACCAGGCCUGAGAUUGCGCCGCGCACCGCCCAGAUUCACGGCGUCUUGUGUUGGUGUCCAGCGGUGCGGUGCGGUGCGGUGCGGUGCGGUGCAACAGCCGGGCGUGUGCGCACACAUUAAUUUACGCAGUGUCUGUCUCUCUUCUCUCAUGCGUGUCUUCCAACAGCUUCAUAAGCGACAGACCGCUAGUUGGUCAUUUUCCAGCUCUGAGUUACGUUUCAUUUCGUCAUGGUGCAGGUUUGACACUAUCUCCCCUCCUCCUCCUCCUCCUCCAUCUCUCUCUCUCUGGGCUACUCUCCAUAGUGUGUGUGUGCGCGCGCGUGCGCGUGUGUGUGUGUGUCUGUAUGUGAACUGUCACAUUGUGCUCUGCAUGUUAAGUCCUGUCCUCAGGAAGACGGUUUCAGCACUUCACUGAGCGCUAUUGCGCAACCCUGCACAUGCACAGCAACGUCCCACUUUGUCUCCCCAGCAUGGAGGAAAAAACAACCCAAAACGGUUCGGUUAUAAAAAACAUGUGUUCAUUCGUCACGGGUGUGCGUGCGUGUGGUAGCAGCCUUUUCACAACAAAUCUGCCCCUAAGCUCCGUCACAUGUCAGACAUUUCCUGUCCCACCUGCUCUGUCCUCACGUCGUUUCUGCCUCGCUGGCGUUCAGAUUCCUCUCUGCAUCUCUCCUCUGUGUCCCAGGAGAGGCCUCAACCCUCCACAUAGAGUCAAGUCCAUCUCCAUGACAACCUUCUCCCAACAGGAAGUGGAAUUCCUUCAGAACCAUGGCAACGAGGUUGGAAGGAGGACUUGGCUGUGUGUGUUUGACCCAAAGACCGACGGCUGCGCCGACAUGAAGGACUCCCAGAAAUUCAAGGAGUUCCUCCAGGACAAAUACGAGAAGAAAAAAUGGCAUUUUUCCAAAAGUAAGAACCGAAGGGAUGUGGAGGGUCCUUGGAGCCCCGGCGUCCAGGCUAUGCCUCCUUCCCACGGCCCCUUGGGGAGCCAGGCACCCUCGCACGGCCUCCCGUCCAACGGCAGAGCUGCGCGGCCCAUGUCUCAGUCCCAGCUGCCGUCGUGGGACCGGGCUCCUGCGAUCUCGCCAGCCGACAUGCGCACGGACGUGUUCACCGCCCGCCCGUCGCGCUCCCAAAGCUUCAGAGACCCCCCUCUGAAAGAUCCCACCAUGUGCGGCAUCGAGAGGCAGCGUCCAGGCUCCAUGUCGUCAGCGCUGGGAGCUCAGAGUCACGGCUCGUCUUUCCCUGCACUCCCUCGGCCUUCAGCCAGUAGCUCGUUCAAAAACCACUUCACUUUAGGUCGCACAGUAUCGGCCACAGGAGCCGCGGGUCCUUUCAGGGCUUUCCCCAAGUCUCUGAGUGUGGACUUUGGAGGCCUGAACCAUCCUCAGACGCAGACGCUGCCUCAGUCUCUGUCCCAGCAGCAGCAGCAGCCGCCGCCGCCUGCGACCGGCGCCCCGGCCACGCAGCAGGUCAGCAGCUCCAAAGCCCAGGACAGGUACGCUGCUGUGUCGCAGCUGGACAGCGUCUUCUCUGAAACGCCCUCAACCACUGGUGGAAAAACGCCCCCUGGUGGACCUCCACAGUACAGCACCAUCUUCGGCAACAGGCUCUCGUCCAGCUCCACGCCUGCCAGCUCCCCCGGUGUCGACACAGUCUCCAGCUCCCAGACCUUUGCAAAUUUCCCAAACCCAUUCAGCUCCGGCUCCGGCGCCGCUUCCCAGCAGCCCCUUGCCCUCUCCCCCAGUAACCCCUUCAGCAAUGCCUCAGGAGGUGACUCCAGCCCGUUCGUCACUUCGCCCACCUGUGUUUUUCCCCCGACCGCCUCCUUCCCCGCCGCCACCACUCACAACGCGUUUCCUCACGAGUCAGCCAGCAACCAAGAAGCCAAUGGUUUCGCCUCCUUCCCUGCUUCUGAAUCUCAGCCUAAAGUCCCUCGGUCGAUGUCGGUGAACCCGUUUACUGGGAAUGUUUACCCCAGUCGAGGAACAUCAAGAAACCCUUUCAUCUGAUCCGUCCCACCAGCACCACCCACUCUCCUUCCUUCACCCAGCCACGCGUCUCUGGGACCUGAGGGAGAAGUGAACUUGAGUUGCUGCCAUUUCAAAGCCUCUAGAGUGUUUUCCCCCCUCGGAGGGAGACCCCUGUCCCUCCCUCGGCACCCUCCCCUCUCUGUGUUUACGUGUUUUCGGAGGAAACGAGGUGUGAAUGUAAUUACGGAAAACGUGUAUGUUUGAGAGUGUUGGCCUGCUGUGUUUGUAUCAUGUGACAUGUCAAAAGGUGUUCGUGUGCCAGUAGACGCCACCUCAGGGCUCUGUGGGAGUCACGAGUAAUUGACGCCUCUAUGAUUUUUGCAGACACGCACAGUAUAUAUUACACACACAUACACACACAUGUCGCUGCUGCUGCUACUUUGCUUUCAUCUCCUGCAUAAAAGUGCAAAAAAAUACCAGCCCGUCAGUAAAUGCGUCCGCGUUUCCUUAUGCUUUAAAACAUUCACAUCCUUCAGUUGUCCAAAGAAACGGCCCGUGGAGUCGCAGACCCCGCGUCACGUCUGCCUACAGACGGUUGUAGCCGCCUGAACGGCCUCCUGGCGCGUGCGCGUCGGGGGGAACAGCGAGGCGGCGUCUCUGCAGGGAGCGUGUGCAACGUGUUCGUGCUCUGUUUUCAUGUUGUCCACUCAGGCUGCAUGCGCUUCGAGGGCUAAAAGGAGAUGCUACUGAAUGUAAAAGCAAUUUCACAAUUACUCACAAAGGUGUGUAUCAAAACUUCAUCGCUUCAUGUCCGGACCAAAAUGUUUUCUCGUUCGGUUUGUUUUUUUGGUUGACAUGAGGCAGAUUUUCUUUUCUCAUAUUUUGCCAAAAAAAGAUUUGUGUAAAAAUGUCUUUGUAAUGACAAGUAUUCAUGUUCAUAAACUUGGUUUGUUGCUUCGUA